ACGUGGUUUUCCGCUUUCACCCGGAAAGUCCGGUGUUCGCAGCGCGCGCAGAGCCGGCGUCGCGGCGGCGCGCUCCGGGCAAACUUCGGGUCGUAGCGUGGGACCCCGAGUUCGCCACCCCGGGCGCGGCGGGUAAGAUGGUGCCAGGUGGUCCCGGACCCGCCGCGCGCCGCCGCGAGUGAGCAGAGCCAGGCCGCCAGCGUCCGCGGAGCCGCAGGCCGGCGGGGCGGUGAGUGGAGGACCGGGCGCGAUCGGGCGCGCGUGCCGAGGUAGCGGUCGGGGGCGCGCGUGCCGAGGUAGGAUUUGCCGGCUGAGGUGCAGCUGAUGAGAAGCAUGUUUAGCAUCAACCCCCUGGAGAACCUGAAGCUGUAUAUCAGCAGCCGGCCACCUCUGGUGGUCUUCAUGAUUAGUGUCAGCGCCAUGGCCAUUGCCUUCCUCACCCUGGGCUAUUUCUUCAAGAUCAAGGAGAUUAAAUCCCCAGAAAUGACCGAGGAUUGGAAUACUUUUCUACUGCGGUUUAAUGAUUUGGACUUGUGUGCAUCAGAAAACGAGACACUGAAGCAUCUCUCCAAUGAUACCGCCACCCCUGAGAGUACCAUGACCAGCGGGCAGGCCAGAGUGUCCACCCAGCCGCCCCAGGCCCUGGAGGAGUCGGGCCCCAUCAACAUCUCAGUGGCCAUUACCCUUACCCUGGACCCUCUCAAGCCCUUUGGAGGGUACUCUCGAAAUGUCACACACCUGUACUCCACUAUCCUGGGACAUCAGAUUGGACUCUCAGGCAGGGAUGCACAUGAGGAGAUCAACAUCACCUUUACCCUGCCUACAGCCUGGAGUGCUGAUGACUGCGCCCUCCACGGCCACUGUGAGCAGGUGGUAUUCACGGCUUGUAUGACCCUCACAGCUGCCCUUGGAGUCUUCCCUGUCACAGUUCAGCCACCACACUGUGUCCCCGACACGUACAGCAAUGCCACACUCUGGUACAAGAUCUUUACAACUGCUAGAGAUGCCAACACAAAGUAUGCUCAAGACUACAAUCCCUUCUGGUGUUACAAGGGGGCCAUUGGCAAAGUCUAUCACGCUUUAAAUCCCAAGCUCACUGUUAUUGUUCCAGAUGAUGACCGGUCAUUGAUAAACCUGCAUCUUAUGCACACCAGUUACUUCCUUUUCGUGAUGGUGAUAACUAUGUUUUGCUAUGCGGUUAUCAAAGGCAGACCCAGCAAAUUACGUCAGAGCAAUCCUGAGUUCUGUCCUGAGAAGGUGGCUUUGGCUGAUUCCUAAUCCCACAGUUCCCUGUUUUCUGAGAGACCAAGAACCAUGAUCAUCACCUGCUGAACCAGCCAGGGCCUGGCUGCUCUGUGAAUACAUGAUUUUGCAAUGUUGGGUUAUUCCAGCCAAAGACAUUUCAAGUGCCUGUAACUGAUUUGUACAUAUUUAUAAAAAUUGAUCUGGAAAUAGGUUCAGCGAUGCACGUGCUUUGCUCUGAGUGCAGCCGAACUUGUCACUCUUCACUGGGGACCCAUGGACUUGGGGUCUUCUGUGUAGUGCUGGGGGAUUAUGGAUCUCAUUGAGCUGAGCAGCUGUUGUUUGGGUGCUGGUAUGUUGAGGUUUGCUGUGGUUCUUGUUUCAGUCCCAUGUGUUCAGCGUUGGAAGCAGCCUGCACCUCUAAUGGGAUACUGCAUUCAGAAGCCACAGCCCCUCCUGUGGGUCUCAUGUCUGAGGCUUAACCAUAACAACAGCAGUAAUGCUUUUUUCUUUAGUUUGCUUGCAAGGAAACAAUCUAUCUUGAGGUUUUGUUUUUGUUUUUUAAGGAAAAAAAAAGUCACAUUUUAAUAUUCCUCUAGUUAGGAUAAACGUACUUCUAGCCCAUAUGAAAGGUUAGAUGUUUAAAAGUCACCUACAUGGUAAAGAUCUAAGUUUCAUUUUUCACAUGGGUGGUGAGGAACCUUGUCCUCUGGUAUUGUCUGCUCCUCUGUGAGAGAAGCCACAGACUUUUGAAGUGAGUUAGGAGCUAUGUGAUGUGGGCAUGUGAGGUGCUGGGCUAGAAGGCAGGGCACAGCAUAGAAAGAAUGAUGGUUUGGUCUAACAGUUAUGCAAGGGUCUCAUUUUUUUUUCAUUUUUAGAAAAGGAGACACGUUUUCUUUUUUCAAUGUUUAUUUUUGUAUAACAUCUUCAGAAGGAAAUGGACACUGAGAUGUGUGACAGCAGUUGGUGUCAGUGAGAUCUUAAGGCACACAGUGCUGAAGGUCAUUUAACAUGCAAAAUCUCUGACAUUUUGAGCAUCUGGUUCCUCUGUCCUUUUUGCCCUUACAUCCUCCUUCCUUUAAAUAACAGUAUGCAUGAUCUCUUCCAGUUCAUCCUUGAAACCUGUAUUCUUACUAUUUUUCUAUCAAUGCUUUGCCUUAACACCUCGCACAGUGUUCUCCCACAGUGUUUCAGAUAAGCCAGGUGUGGGGAUUCAUAACUGUGAGCCCAGCUUUCAGGAGACUGAAGCAGGAGGUUCAAGGCCAGCUUGGGCUACGUGUGUUCCAGGCCAGACUGAGCUGUGUAAUGAUACCCUAUCUCAAAACAAAAAAUACUUAGACAUGAGGUCAGCACUUCUGUCCUCUAAAUGUAGGUCUGUAGUCUGUCUCAAUUAGAGUUACUUGCUACAUUCAGAAAUUUAUUGGGCUAGUGCAUUUUAUCCCAGGCAUUCUUAAAUGGAAAACAAUAGGUUUAUUUUUAAUUGAAAAAAUUUCAUUUUUGGUUGAGACAGGGUCUCCCUGGAGCCCCAGCUGGCCUGGAACUUACUAUGUAGACUAGGUUGGCCUCAAACUCAGAGAUCAGCCUGCUUCUGCCUCCCGAGUGCUGGGAUUAAAGGCAUACACCACCAUGCCCAGUGAAAAACAAUAGAUUUAUUGAAAUUAUUAAAAUCACUUUAGUUAUGUGAUACGUUAGCAUUUUUUCUUUUUAUUAUAUUUCAAGGGCAGAAAUUACAACUGUCUGUCCCCCUCACCCCUUUUUUUUGUACGAUACAAGUUGCUUGCACGAUGGCUAACUUGUGAAUUUAAUUUAGUCUUAUCUUAUAGACUUUGAGACAGGAUGGAGAAAGCCAGUGGCCUGGCUGGUAAAAAUGUGUCAUCAGGACCAUCAGGUUCCAGAUUAAGCUGCUACAGAGUAAUGAUGUCCCAGUGGAGUUAGACAGUUAAGGAGUCACUUUCACUGUUCAACCCAGUUUGUGUUCCUACUGUUAGUCACCCUGGUUUUACAGACAAUGGCUGGGAUCUGUAUGUGGGGAAAACCCAUUAGGCCUGAUGAGAGGAAGACCCAAAAUGCUAGACAACAUGAUCUGUCCUAAGACCAGACACUCACUUUAAUAAUCAGCAUUCACCAGGGCAGGUCAUUGGAUGCAGUAGGGCCAGGGAAGGAGGUGGUCACAAGGGGCCUGAAGAGAUGUCUGCAGAACCUGUUACUGACAGGUACACACCAGGCCCGCUCCUCAGCUGUCUCUUGGUGAACUUUAGGACUGAAAUGUUGCAGACUGGGCCAUUGGCCAUUCAGAGGAGACUCUGACCACAGUAGCAGUCAUGGACUGGAGGUCCAAUCAGAGGUCAGCAACUUCUUGUGAAAUGGUUGUUUCAGAUCAUAUUGAUCUCUUUCCUUUUCUUUUAGUCCUUUCACCAUAUGGUAUGACUUGAAUCAGUUUUGAUUCUAUGUGUAAGUUCUCAUCAUUUGGAACCUGGAGUUUCUGUUGUGUUCUCCCCAGCAGUGCAGAGGACUUGGCCUACCAUGUUUUGACCCUCCUGCAGGCACUGCAGGGUGUGAAGGCAGCAGAUCCAUCUCCCGACCCUUGCUGCAUGACGGUCACUAGUUGAUCUGUGAUGGCGUUCCCUCUCUUGUUGAUUUUCUGUGUUUGAAGUAUGUGCAUACGUGCUUUACAGAAUAAAAUACUUGGAUUUA